AUGGCGAGCGGCGGCCAUAUGCAUAACUUCACCACCCUCAUCAAGCGGCUCGAGGCUGCCACCUCACGCUUGGAGGACAUGGCGAUGUCUUUAGAUGACUCCAACGCCUCUAAUUCGGCCGGUACUCCUGCUGCUUCUCCCGCAGUCCCCGAAACUCCCAAGUCUGCACCUCCCCCACCUGCUUCACCAGCUGCAGCUCCAACGCCCCCGCAGAUCCAAGACUUUGAUGCCUUGAUCCAGGGUGAUGUCCAGAACUUCGUAAAGCUGAGCGAGAAGAUCGGCGGAUUGGUUGCAGAGCAGUCCAAAGCAGUUCUGCAGGCCUUCCAGGCCGAGCGCACGUUCCUUUAUGUCUCGACCAAAGCCAAGAAGCCCGCGAACCCACCUCCGGAGCUCAUGACGGACCUCCACAAGGCGUCGGACAGCAUAAACAAUAUCCGGGAAUCCAACCGACAUUCCCCUCUCUUCACCCAUCUGAGCGCAGUCGCGGAGGGUAUUGUCGCGCUGGGUUGGUUCUUCGAGCCUAAGCCUGCGGACUUUGUGGCCGAUAUGCUCGCCAGUGUCGAGUACUACGGCAACAAGAUUCUGAAAGAAUACAAGGAAAAGGACCGAACACACAUCCAAUACAUUCAAGCAUACUACCAAAUCUUCAAGGCCCUCGGCGCCUUCUUGCAGAAGCACUACCCUAAGGGCCUGACUUGGAACAAUGAGUCUGGCGUUGAUGCCCUGGAGGCGUUGAAGCAGGUCAAGAGCGGCCCAGCUUCCUCGCCCGCUGUGCCAUCUCUCAACGUUCCCGGUGGUGGCGCUCCUCCCCCACCUCCUCCCCCAGGCAUUCCUCCAGCCCCUGCCCCAUCUGCACCGGCGCCCGAUAUGUCCGCCGUGUUCGACCAGCUUAACCAGGGUGAGCAGAUCACCUCUGGCUUGCGCAAGGUAGACAAGUCGGAGAUGACGCACAAGAAUCCCAGCCUGCGUGCCGGAUCGACAGCACCUGGCUCCAGCGCCGGCAGGGGCAAGUCACCCGCGCCCAGCAAGAAGCCUAAGCCUGAGAGCAUGCGGACCAAGAAGCCCCCGCGCAAGGACCUCGAGGGCAACAAGUGGUUGGUCGAGAACUUCGAGGCACCGGAGGGUAUCAUCGAAAUCGACGCGGCGCAGAACCAGUCGAUCCUGAUAUCACGCUGCAACAAGACGAUUGUCAAGGUCAACGGCAAGGCGAACGCCAUCGCCAUCGACAACUGCAAUGGUCUCUCCCUCAUCGUAGACUCGCUUGUGAGCAGUCUCGAUAUUAUCAAGUCGCCCAAGUUCGCGCUCCAGAUUGACGGCACUGUUCCUACUGUCCUUCUGGAUCAGGUCGAUGGUGCAACGAUCUACUUGGGCCAGGCUAGCCUUGCUACUGAGGUCUUUACUAGCAAGUGCAGUGCUGUCAACAUCAUGCUUCCGCCUAAGGAGGGCACUGAUGACGAUACCAAGGAGUGUCCUCUGCCUGAGCAGCUCAAGAGCUACAUCAAGGACGGUGUUUUGGUGAGUGAGAUCGUUGAACACGCUGGUUAA